AUGUCAAGCAUUCAUAAGCUGAAGUCAGCCGAGAGGGCGAAAGUGAGACAAUUCAUACAAUUGACGAAUUGCUCGGAGAAGAUAGCGAUCAACUGUUUGGCGCAGAAUGAGUGGCGUCUGGAGAUGGCGUGCGACUCGUUCUUCACGAGUCCCGACCAAUACAUGAAAGUCGUGGACAGGAAGAAGAUCGACAACUGGUUCGCCAAAUACUCGCAGAGCAACGACAAGAUACUCGUCGACGGAUGCAUUCAACUGCUCGAUGACCUCAAUCUGCGCCCAAACGACCGCAAAAGACAGUGCGAGUUCACUAAACACGAGUUCACUAAUGGUAUGAUUGACAUGAACUGCGACUCCAAUCACGCCUUAUAUCAACGUUUGGUCGAAUUGGACAACGAGUUGACCACCGAUUUGAAUAAACUGCGAGAUCUGUAUCUCUUUGCCUGGCAUUACGGCAAACAACUGGAGGCCAAAACCAUGGAUUGGGAGACAGCCGUCGAGUACUGGAACAUACUUUUGUACAAUUGUGUGAACAAACAGUUGCUUCAGCUGUGGAUUGAGUUCGUGUCCCAAAACGCAAAGGCGGUCACUAAAGACACGUGGAAUCUAUUGCUGGAGUUCGCGACGAGUAUCGACUCUACGCUCAGUAAUUAUGACUUUGACGGCGCGUGGCCUACGCUUAUCGAUGAUUUCGUGUUGUGGGCCAGAGAUCGACUCAAAGCACACAAUACGCGCCCAACCAUUCAAUCCAAUCAAUGA